GCGUAGACGGCGCCUCUCCCGGAGCCGUGGGGAGCGUGCGCUGUGUCCUGCCCUUGGGAAGCGGCGCGCGGCCGGCUCGGGGCUCGCGAUGUCUGGCUACACCCCCGACGAGAAGCUGCGGCUGCAGCAGCUGCGCGUCCUGCGGCGCCGCUGGCUCAAGGACCAGGAGCUGAGUCCGCGCGAGCCCGUCCUGCCCCUGACCAAACUCGGGCCAGUGGAGAGCUUCUGGGAGCGCUUCCUGCAGCCGGGCUCCUUCUGGCGGCUGCAGACUUUUAAGCUGUACAGAGGUUGUGCAUUUACUUUAACUAGGAUACUUAUUCCUGCCUGGGUUGUUCACUACUAUGUCAAAUACCAUGUAAUGAAAAUGCCACAUGGUAUUAUUGAAGUGAAGCGCAAAGUAUUCCCAGGUGACACAAUUCUAGAGACAGGAGAAGUAAUCCUACCAAUGGAAGAAGAGCCUACUAAUCAUAACUGAAGGUUAUAAACUCCAGCUUUGUUCCUAUAAAAAUGUGUUAAAUAUUUCCAGAUAUGUAUAUAAAACAAUAAAGUUUCUUUCAGGAGA